CGGCCCGGCCCGGCCGCCCCGCCGCGCCGCCGCCCCGCGGCCCCGGCCGGAGGAGACAGGGUGUGUUGCUCUUGACUGGGCUGCGGGGGAACACCUUCCAGAGGGCUUUUUCAGAGGAGAUUGCCCAGUCACUCGAUGGGGCACGCCGGCGGCCUACCUCCGUGUGUCACCUGCCCGCCUCUCAGCAGCAAGGAACGGAGCUUCAGCACCUCUUCAGUAAUGAUGAUGAAACUGGUAUUAACUGAAUGGCAUUUAUGGAUUUUUAACUCUAAUUCACAGUAAGCCAGAAAGCCAUAUGUUCAAUCCAACCAAAAAUCGUUCUGUUUUGCUGCAUGUCUCACCCGAUUGUGAGAAGUUUCAAGAUACCUGUUUGUACAAAGAGGAAUAUAAGUGUUACUUGCCGGAGGAGCACAGCUGAAGCAGAAAGCGAAGACGUCUUAAUUUAUCCUUAAAGAUAUAUGAUAGAAUUAUUUAUUUAGAUAGAGUAAAGAGAUAUAUAUAUAUAUUUUUGGUGGUGAUGAAAAUGGCUCCGCAGAAUGCCGACGCAGAAUCUAUGCAAGUUCAGGAGCUCCCAGUGCCCCUGCUGGACCUGCAGAAGCCAGGGAGGACGGAGGCGGAGACACGGGACGAGACCGUCAGCGAGGGCUCCAUCGACCGCAUCCCCACGCGCCUGUGGGUGAUGCACGGGGCCGUGAUGUUCGGCAGGGAGUUCUGUUACGCCAUGGAGACGGCGCUGGUCACGCCAGUCCUGUUACAGAUCGGCCUCCCGGAGCAGUACUACAGCCUCACCUGGUUCCUGAGCCCCAUCCUCGGCCUCAUCUUCACUCCCCUCAUCGGCUCCGCGAGCGACCGCUGCACCCUGAGCUGGGGCCGCCGGCGGCCUUUCAUCCUGGCACUCUGCGUGGGCGUGCUCUUCGGAGUGGCGCUGUUCCUCAAUGGCUCUGCCAUCGGCCUGGCCCUCGGCGAUGUCCCGACCCGGCAGCCCAUCGGCAUCGUGCUCACUGUGCUGGGGGUGGUGGUCCUGGAUUUCAGCGCUGAUGCCACAGAGGGGCCCAUCCGUGCAUACCUGCUGGACGUGGUGGACAGUGAGGAGCAGGACAUGGCCCUCAACAUCCACGCCUUCUCUGCUGGCCUCGGCGGGGCCGUCGGCUACGUGCUGGGCGGGCUGGACUGGACCCAGACCUUCCUGGGCUCCUGGUUCCGGACACAGAACCAGGUGCUAUUCUUCUUCGCGGCCAUCAUCUUCACGGUGUCCGUGGCCCUGCAUCUGUCCAGCAUCGAGGAGGAGCAGUACAGCCCCCAGCAGGAGCGCAGCGGGGACCCGACCGGCACGCCGGCCCCCGGCCCCCGCGCGUGUGUGCUGGACGGCGGCGCCCUGUUCCCGGACGAGGUGCAGUCGGAGCAGGAGCUGGCCCUGGACUUCCUGGACGAGGGCCUGGUGCGCAGCAAGAGCGACUCGGCGCUGCACGUGCGUGAGGCCGCGCUGGGCCUGGAGCCCGAGCUCUUCCUGCAGGACAUCGAGCCCUCCAUCUUCCAUGACGCCUCCCGCCCCGGCACCCCCUGCAGCACCGGCCAGGAGUGCGCCCCCGCCCAGCCGCCCCGCCAGCCCCCGCCACUCCACACACCCGCGGGCGAGGAUGAGACCCUGCUGGAGGACCCCCUGAGCGCGUCCAGGCUCCCGAACGGGGGCGGCGCGGGGCUGUGGGACGGCCCAGGGAGCUACAGCCGGGCGGCCCUGAAGGCCCCCGCCACGGUGGGCCCUGCCCGCCGGCGCCGGCACGUGUUCCGCCGGCAGGCCUCCAGCACCUUCUCCUACUACGGCAAGAUCGGCUCCCACCGCUACCGCCACCGGCGCGCCAACGCCGUGGUGCUCAUCAAGCCUUCACGCAGCAUGAGCGACCUGUACGACCUGCAGGCGCGGCCGCGGCAGCACCGCCACCGCCACCAGAGCGGGGCCACCACGUCCAGCGGGGACUCGGAGAGCGAGGAGGGCGAGGGUGAGACCACCGUGCGGCUGCUCUGGCUGUCCAUGCUGAAGAUGCCCCCCGAGCUGGUGCACCUCUGCCUCUGCCACCUGCUCACCUGGUUCUCCAUCAUCGCCGAGGCCGUGUUCUACACCGACUUCAUGGGCCAGGUCAUCUUCGAGGGGGACCCCAAGGCUUUGUCCAACUCGACGGAGUGGCAGGCCUACAGUGCGGGCGUGAAAAUGGGCUGCUGGGGCCUGGUCAUCUACGCGGCCACUGGUGCCACCUGCUCAGCCCUGCUACAGAAGUGCCUGGACAACUACGACCUGAGCAUCAGGGCCAUCUACGUGCUGGGCACGCUGGGCUUCUCCGUCGGCACGGCCGUGAUGGCCGUGUUCGCCAACGUCUACGUGGCCAUGAGCAUGAUCAGCACGAUGGGCGUCGUCUCCAUGAGCGUCUCCUACUGCCCCUACGCCCUGCUCGGGCAGUACCACGACCUGCGAGAGUACGUGCAUCACAGCCCCGGGGCAUCCAGGCGUGGCUUCGGCAUCGACUGCGCCAUCCUCUCCUGCCAGGUCUACAUCUCCCAGAUUCUGGUGGCCUCCGCCCUGGGCAGCGUGGUCGACGCAGUGGGGACCGUGCGUGUCAUCCCCAUGGUGGCCUCUGUGGGCUCUUUCCUGGGCUUCCUGACAGCCGCCUUCCUGGUCAUCUAUCCAGAGGUGUCCGAAGAGGCCAAGGAAGAGCAGAAGGGCCUGUCUUCCCAGCCGCUGGGUGAAGGCGCGAGCGGCAGUGCUGAGAAGCCCAUGGUGCUGAAGCUGUCCCGGAAGGAGGGCCCGCAGGGGCUCGUCGAGACCGAGUCGAUGGUCUGAGCUGCACCGCACACACAUUCCAGGGCGGCGGGGAGGCGGGGGUGGCGCCCAGCAGCCUGGCUGCCGUGGCCUUGGCGGCCGCGUGCACCAAAACCCUUCACCGACCCUGGUGGAGGCUCAGUAGCUGUAGGGUAGGUUUGUGCCAAUAGGCAAAAACACCUUAUUAAUUACUUUUUCCACAAUUAAAAAGAAUCAUUUUUUUAAUCAAAAAAAGAUCUUUUAAUUUCAACUGUCCCUUUUGUUCUGCAGGUAUAUUAUUCUGCAUGUUUUAAAAUUAUAAAGCAGAUUUACCUUCUAGAGAAGCAAUUUAGAAAAAAAAAUUUUUGCAUUUCUAAAGUUAUAAUUGAAAGCAAAAAAGUAUCUGAUGUAUUUUGCUAUAUCUUAUCUGAAGUCUUCAGAUAAUGGUCGUGUAGUCAGUGACUAAAACACUUUCUAUCACAUUUUUUCCCUGUGGAUGCCUACAGGUAUUUGGACGUUCUGUCAGAUCGCGUCACAUUUUGUUGGUGCUGCAGCUAUUGGAGAGUACUUUUCUCUAUGAUUAUUUUAGAAAAAAAAAUUUUUGUCUUUAUUUUCCAAAACUGUGGUUUUCUUGAAGAACACAUCUCCUGCUUUCCUGUUUGACACAUUGUACCCGGGCGGCGGGCAGCAGUAGCGGGGACACCAAAGCUAGGAGGAGGCUGGGCCCCCGGGACGCUGGUGGGGAGACCCGCCUGGUCCAGCUGGACCGCCCGCCGAGGGCAGCCCUGGAGCUGGCAGCGCCGUCCCCCUGCCCGCCCACAUCUGUGCCCACCCCACCCAUCGUCUUGUCUGAAGCUCCGGGAGAUGCUGUGACUUUUGCGUUGCACUUUGUCUUUGAACCAUCUGUCGGGGGACCAUGGGGCAGAGCUCCCGGCGUGGAACUGCCACCCACGCCCGCCGCCAGGCCCACACGCUAGACACUCCAUGCCCAUCUGACCUCUGCACCUGCUCACCCCCGCCGGCUGCCGGAGUCAGGGCCGCCCCGCCGUGAAGAAAGCGGGUCUCGGACAGGGGCACGGUCAGCCCCACAGGUCAGCUCAGCGCGGCGUUUCUAGUUUCAGCGCAGAACCAAACUUGCACCCCAGGGAAGCACAGUCGUCACAUGCUGCAGCUGUUUGGAAAUGCUUUUCAAACCACAAUCUCUUUCUAAGUAAGCAGUUUCUGCUUUUCUUCUUUGGGACGGUCAGUCUAAGUCCGCUGAUCUCAGGAGAAAGAGGGAGGCCUCCCACACAUCGCCCGGAUAAAGUGAGAGGACUGUAACUCUUCGCUGCCUCAAGUCGAUGUGUUUUUAAAUAAAGUACUUUAAAACGCAUGAGAGUCAUGCUGCAAUAUGAUCAUUCUAAAGCAAAUAUAUAUAUAUAUAGAUAGAUAUAUUUCAAGAUGAAGCUACGCAGUUUUUAAAUAAACUACUUGAAGUUCCUGUGUGUUGAGAGGAGCAGCCGCGCUUCGUGUACUUGACCGGCCUCUGGUCCCCUCCCAUCUCCGCCGCUGGCGGCACUUUGCAGCUGCAGUUUGUCCCUGAGGAGCAGCGGUGCCUCUCUGUUGUGGAUGCAGCCACAAGCCACGUGUCUGCCCCCAGAAGCCCAGGGUCACGGAGAGCCGACUGGGAAACGGGAGCGUUUUCAACGUGCAUGACGGCUGGACAAGGGCCUUGGGGAUCCUGUGCCCAGGCGGGCAAGUCCUUCCCACUCCCAAGCGCGCCUCCCCCGGCAGGUACCCGGCAGGUCCCUUUCAUGCCGUUCGAUGGCCUUUGUGGCUUUAGGAUGGAAAGUCCUCCUGCUGUGACACUAUAGAUCGCAGCCUCUGCUUAGCUGCUCUGCUCCUCGAGGGGGUCUCCUGACAGCUAGAAAACGGGGGGGCAGUGAGCUGAGAAUGUAGGGGUGUGGGGGAAAGCCCAAGUCAAGCUCUGAGAUGAACCAGCCGGAAGGGCCACACCUCCCAGGCCCACGCUGUCCACAGCCCAGCCGGGGCUUGAUGUGUAGGAGCAAGCAGGGCUUGUGGCAGGACCACCACCCUGGGGAUGCCAGCCUUAAACCUGAUCUAAAACAGCAAAGACACGGAAGGACAAGAACAACCCUGGAACGUGCUCGGGGCGGAGGCCCGCUGGGGAAAGGCCUCUGUCGGCGGCUGGCGCAGAAGUGGGUACGUGUGCAGCCGUCUUGAGUCCUGCAGGCCGCCAAGCCUUCUGCCUGUGUGUGCCCAGAGUGUGUCUUACCGUGUGGGCCUGGGAGGGCAGGUGCCUCACGGCCCAGGUCAGGAGAGAGCGGUCAUGGAGCCAGCCUCCAGCCCUCGACAGGGGGUGAGCUUUGCAUGGGGGUAUUGUGGAGUGAGUGCUUUUGCCUCAGCCCCAUUCCCGCAGACAGGUUAUUCCCAGGUUGCACUGACCCGAGGCUCUGGCGUCACCUUGUGUCUUGAGAAAAGCAAAGCGGGCUGUCCGCGCGGUGGUGGCCGGCCGUGGCUGGGGGCUGUGGUUGGUUCCUAAUGCUGUACCUCAGAUAGCAGUGGGGGCCACCGGCAGACCACUCCAAGGAGCGUGGCUGUGGCCCCCUCACUUGAAAGGUCCUCUGGUGCUCCAGCCAAGGUGACCAGUGGUUUGUGCCACCCACGGGGUAGGCUGGCCGGGUAGCCGAUGCCAGAGUCGAGCCUGGAGUUGGCCUCGUGGGCCCUGGGCAUCGUGGGUACCGGUCAGGGCUGGGUGCUGUGAGCAGAGGGCUUGGUAGGGAUUUGGCUGGUUGCCAGGUCAUAUCGAUGGACUACCCAGAUAGGGUGGCGUGGAUCUGAUCUGCGUCUUUGGUUCCCUAAAAAGUCAGUGAAGACAGGGAGCACCCUGUCCCCAUUCUGCCGACAGUCAACAUUGGCGCUGUUUCUGGGGGGGGAGUGGAGGGCUGGCAGCAGGGUGCCACUCCCCACUGCCCCUUGUGGGGGGCAGGCAAUGGCUGGGCCAAGAAGGUCAUUGGCUCCAAAUAGUCCUCAGGUGUGUUUCUUAAAGGCGUAAGAGUGUGUGGAGAAGUAGCUGUCUGCCCCCCAGAACCCCAGAGUCAAGCCUCUGAAGGGACUGCCUGUGUGGUGUGUCUGAAGAACACUCCAGAAGGUCCCAGCCGUUCCCUCCUGUGGCCGAGGGUGUGAGCCGCCAGCGCCAGAGACAGCCACUCGGAGUGAGUUUGUCAAACACCACAUUGACUGGACUUAGAGUUCCUUCGAGCUGUUGGGCUCACACCUGAGCCUCCGUCUACCUUUGGCCACCCCCGCCCCGAGCACAGGCGAGGACCCUCCCAGGAAUGUUGCUCCUGGUGACAGACGCGCGACUGUUCACGCUACAUCUGCAAGCAGCUGCUUCUGACUCUCCAUCCGUCUUCUGCCUGCUUCCGGGCCUGGGGGCUCAGGCUGGCCUGCCGGGGCUGCCCAGGGCCACUUCCUGAGCACAGCUGCCUGGGGCAUGGUGUCCACUCAGUGUGGCCCUCAGCACGCAGCACGUCGGGGCCUCCAUCACUACCUCCUCCUGGGGAGCCGGCCCCCGCCAUCCUGGCCCCUCACCCAGCCUGUCCCCGGGGGGCCAGGGGCAAGGCUCCAUGUGCUGUGGGCCAGGACUGUGUCUCGGUGGCGGAAUGACCCGAUUAUUGGAAAUGCCUCUUGUUACCAGAGGAACUCCCCAGGUGUCUCGGAACAGGACUUAUUUAGUUCCAUUGUGAACUGGCCACAGGACAUUUUUUUAUCAACUUAUUAAGUUGGAGCACUAUAAUAGCUCUUGCUGAUUUUAGCAGUGAUAUAAGUGUGUGUUAAACACAUAACGUUUUAUGAGGAAAAGGGAUUAUAAAGAGUAAUACCGCACAUUACUGAAUUUUGUAUCAGGUGGGCACACGCAGCCUGGUGUGUGUACCUGAGCGCCGAGCCCCCGCUCUCCCGGCUGCUCCAGGGGCUGUGGCUGCAUGGCGCUGUCUGCCCCUCCCCGCACACAAGGUCCUGUCUGUAACGCGCUCACCUCCCGGUGGAGACCGGGCUCCCCGCGUCUGUUGCGCUCUGUUACUCUGUGGCUGAAGCUUAAUAAACCUUUCCCUGCCAGA